AUGUUAGCGACCAUAUGGUCAGGGCUCGACACGAGCGACAUCGUCGUUCUGACGCUUCUUCUCAUGGGCGCCGUCGCCUUUCUCAUCUCCAAAAUUUUCGGCGCCUCUAAUCAAUCAAAGUUCGUGGAUUUUUUUGUCCUCUUUCAUGAUUUUGAAGUCUUUUUUUAAAUGAGACUCUAAAGUUUUUGUUUAAUUAGCUUUGCCAGAAGGACUUCGAGGUAUUGAAAGUCACGGCGAAAUGUGAUUCUUUGAGGGAAAGAGGGAAUAAUUACUCGGGUCGAAGAAGAAGUAUUGAAUUGAGCCUUAUGCUUCAAUUAAACCUUGGGAGAAAAAAUUGAAAAAUGAUAUAAUAAUUAUUCAGUAACCCGGCAGUGAAAAUGGAAUCUUUAAAAAAAAAAGUUCGAAAAAGAGAAAAAUUCGUAAAAUACUGAACAAAACUACACCUUUAAACGGCUCAUUGCUGUUUUUUUGAUGUUUAAAUUUCUCCUUUUUUUGAAAAUUGGUUCUGUCAGAGAUCUUUUGAUCCCUCGAACUUUAUUGUUAAUCGUAUUGAAUGAAUGAUGAAAAUGAAUGAAUCUCUCUGUGAAGCUAAACUAAACUUAUUAGGCAUCAAAAAAUUCAACCGCGGCUCAAGUUUAUGAAAAAAGCUCCCUCGAGGAAAAAUUUGACAAUCAAGAUUUUAAAAAUAAUAAUUUCCAGCCGAUACACGCCAAAGGUAGCGACAGUCGCCCCAACGUUAAAACCGACGCACAACCAGUCGUUCAUCGACAGAAUGUUGAAUGAAAAUCGCCAGGUCUUGAUCAUGUACGGCUCGCAAACCGGAACUGCCGAGGAGAUGUCCGGAAGAUUGGCCAAGGAUCUCUCUAGGUUCAGAAAAUAUUCAAUUUAGGGAAUAAAUGAUUCUGAUCGCAGGUAUUCGAAGAAGGCUGUCGUCGUGGAUCCCGAAGACAUCGAGGUCGACGAUUUGGCCAGGCUCAAAGGUUAAUCUGUUCGAAAUAACUUUUCUUCCUCAAAAAAAUUCCUGCGAUGAUCAAAAAGGCAAUGGACAUUCUGAAAAUCUUUGUGAUCUUCGUUUUUUACGACAAAGGGUACUGUAGGUGAAAAUCUGCAUUUAGCGUGCGCACUUUGCGUGUUUGCAAACUUUGAGUCACCGCGUUUUUCAUUUCACACGCCAAAUGCGGACUUUUGCAUACAGUACCCUUUGGUAAAGGAAAAAAAUGGCUCUUCUCGUAGCAUCUGUUUUCAGGUUUUUUUCAAAUUUUGUCCGUUUUUUUGAAACUCCAGGACAUAGUCCAUCCACCGCUAACAGUAGUUUUCAAGGAUCAGCUGAUGAUCAAGAAUGAAAAAUAGUAUUCAUAUGAUGAGUAGUACGAAAACAAAAGGACAAAGUUCCAUUACCUGAUUGCUAAACUAAUGUUUGGUCAAAGUAGUCAUAAGUGGUUUGAUCAAAUGAUUCGCUACGGAAGAGAUGAAAACAGUCCUUAUCGUCUGGUUUUAAUGACGACGUUUUGUAGUUUGUUUUGACGGUUUUGAAGGUUACGGCGAAUAAUUUUUUUACUCGAAUUGAAAACAAAACGCUCAAUAAGUUUAAAGUUUCACGGGCAAAAAGAAAAUCGAAAAAUUUAUGAAAAAAAUAUUGAAUUUUGUUUUUUUUGCGAGGAGCACAGUAACGUAAGACCGAAAAUCUAUAUUGAAUUCAGAAAAAAAGUUUUUGCACAGAAGAUAGAGAAAAGCUUUUUUUUUCUCUGAAGUGAUAACCUAGGUGCUUUAGAUAUUGAUAAAUCCAAAGAAGAAGCAGAAAAAAAUAAAUUAUUUUGAAGUGCAAUAAGACAGUUCCUUACAAGAAAGGUCAUUUCCCUUUACGGCUGGGAAUUUCCUGAAAAUUGGCCAGAACACUUAUUGGUAUAGCAAAGAAAGUUUCUAAAAGUCUCAAUCUUUGAUAAAUCCUGUUUUUUGAGGAAGGACCUUUCAUAGUUUAAAAAAAAACCUCAAAAUCUUUCGAAAUAGGCCAUUUUUGGGGUUUUGAACCUUCUUUCUCGAAAACUAGAAAGUUGUGCAGGUUUCAGAAUUUUUUUCUGGCCAAUUUCGGGGGGUUUCCUAACCGCAAAAUGAAACGCGAAAAAUGACCUUCUUGACUCCAAGCAAAUUUGAAACCCUGCGUUCAUUUUUUUUCCUUGUAAGCAAGCCUGCUCGAAAAUCGCAACUAUUUCCUGAAACAUAUUAUUGUCGCGCUCUUUCCGCAUCAAUCAAGAAGUUUAAGACGUGCCGGACGCGUUGCUGGUGCUGUGUCUGGCGACGUACGGCGAGGGCGACCCGACGGAUAACGCGAUAACGCUCAUCGACUACCUGAAGGGCGGCGACGCCGACCUGACCGGCGUCCGAUUUGCCGUUGGUUUUUGGAUUCGUUGGUCGAAUUCGUUGCGUCACGCGACGACGUACUCUAACCGCCUAAUUUGAACUAAGAUAGGGCCAGAAAACAGCGGAGUACCUUCAGAAAUCGGAAAGAUUAGACUUCUUCGGGGUCGUCAGGAGAUUUAAGGAAAAAGGACGUCCUUUGAACUGAAUUUUUUAGAAUAUCUAGUUAUAAUCUCUGAAAAAAAUUUCCCUUGGAACUUGAGGUUUUUUUUUGGAUUGCCUGAAAAAUCAAAUUCUAUUCUGAAAAUCGUUAAAUCCACAACAAAAUUUUUCAAGUAAAUGAGCUGCAAAACAUUUUUUUUUCAAAUUAUUUAAAAAAGAGAUUUUAGAUCUGUCAGUUUUGCAAAAGAAUUAGAGGGUAUUGAGAUUUUUAAGAUUUUUAUAAGGAAUUUUUUAAAAUUUGAAAAGUUCAAUUGAAAUCAAAUUUUUUUAAAUUUUUGACACAGUUCUACGUGGAAUUAUCUUCCUUGUCAGUUUCACUUCAUAAUUUUUUUUCAAAUUUUUAUGCUUAUCAAAAUGCCGAACUUCACCUUUUCUAGGUAUUCGGACUUGGCAACAAAACCUAUGAACAUUUCAAUGCGGUCGGAAAACAAAUGGACGCGCAAUUGGAGAAACUCGGCGCCAAGCGAAUCUUCCCCCUUGGUCUUGGAGACGAUGACGCCAAUCUGGAAGAAGAUUUCAUGAGGUUCCGUCAAAAAUUGACUUUCCAAUAAAGUAUUCUUUUGAAGAUGGCGAGAAGCCUUUUUGCCCAAACUCGCCGAAGAGUUCAGCUGGGAACUGAAUACGGAGGCCGAAACUAUGCGACAGUAUCGUCUGGAGCCCGUAGAGCCCGGAAAGGCUCUUUUCAAGGUGAUUUAUUAGGAUUAGAGAUGAAAUAUGUAAACUCCUAACGUUUGAAAAUUGGUACUUUUCUAAAUUGAUCUUAAAACUCGGGAAUUUUUUUUAUUUGUUCAAAUUUAUGCUCUUUAUACCCACGCAAAAUUGAACAAGUAAGAUUUUAAUUUUUGAAAAAAAGUUUCUUUAUCUAAAUAAAAAGAUGACUCAAGGAAGUUGACAACAGUAGGAAGCUGGAAAGUUGGCAUUUUCCUAAUUCCAAUCGUGCCCUAGCACCCGAAAAGGUCGAAUUCCUUAGGGUCACUGGAACUCUUCACUUGUAAACAACUAGAGAUAAGAUUUUAAGGUCGUUUUAAGGUUUUGUGUUCUUUCCAUUUUUAACUCACAAAAAACAUCAGAAAUCAUGUCAUAGAAAUAACCUGUAUGAUUUAUAAUCAGAAUUUCUUAACUUGUUUCUUUUUUUUCAUCUCAUCUCAUUUUUCUAUUCGGACUUUCUCAAUUCUUCCUUUCAGGGAGAGUUUGGAAGACUCGGUGCAUUCGAAAGACCGAGACCGCCGUACGACGUGAAGAAUCCCUACCUGGCCAAAGUGACGGUCAAUCGCGAAUUGCACACCGUUGGCAAGAGCGACCGAAGCUGUCGUCACAUCGAAUUCAGCGUCGAAGGUUCAGUUUUCUUUCUUUAAUAACUUCGCUGUUUCGGCUUUGAUGUAGAUAAGAAAUCGGUCUAUGCUUUAUAAUCAAGUUUAUCUAGUUAAGAUUUGUAGGAAAAAAAUUGAUUAAUACGUAGAAGACUUUCACGCCUGGUUCGCAUCUCCUCCUUAUUUUUGGCUUUUGAGAAAUUUGAGUGCUUGAACGUCUAAACAAACGGAAGCAAUUUUACGUUUUUCAUUUUUUUUAAACCCAAAGGAAGUCGCAUGAUAAUUUUUUUUCUUUUAUUUUGUACUUGUCCUUUUUUUUUUUAAAGUCGCGGCGCGUCUUUUGGUCCGAAAUUCCAGCUCGAACUCUUUUUUUUCAGAUGGUUUUCUGUAUUUUUUGUGAUAUGUUAAUUUCAGGUAUACGAAUUAUAAGAAUAAGCCUGUAUUUUUCGUUAUUUUUUUCCACACUUAAGGCCGUUUUUUUCCCGCCAAAAGUUGAGUCGUAAUCGUAACAAGUCACUAAAGUAGAUUCGCGUCUAUCUAUUAUCCAAUCAAUACAAACUGACUAUAGAAAAAAACGAUUUCUUAUCAUAAAAAUUAAUCCAAAUCGUCUUUUUUCACCUUUUUAAAUUGAAAACUUUGCAGGAUCGCGGAUCCGAUACGACGCCGGCGACCAUCUGGCCGUCUUCCCGACCAACGACGCCGACCUGGUCAACGCCGUCGUCAAUAUCCUGGAGUUCGAUCCCGACGUCCCUUUCCGACUGAUCAACACCGACGAGGACGCCUCCAAGAGACAUCCGUUCCCCUGUCCGACCACCUACAGAACCGCCCUCACCCAUUACGUCGACAUCUGUGCGCCCGUCAAGAGUCACGUCCUCAAGGUUUUUAUAGUCGAUAUCCCAUUCUUGAAUCUUAAGGUAUUUUUGUUUGAAAGGGGCUUUUUUGGCUGCAAUUCAAAAUUUAUCACGAGAGUGGAAUUCUUAACGUUUUUAUAGGCGAUUGAAUUGUAUAAUUUAAAUUUAUAUAUAUAAAAUUUAUAUUGAAUGCAAAUCCAAGUCCUUUUUCUGAGUUAAUUGGAAGAUGUUGAUUGAAAUUAAUUAGUUCCGUGGACAGGAAACAUGGGCGAAUUUCGAUAAUAUGACGUCUUGACGCCGAAUAAGAUUUGAAAUACUUGUCGCAGCACCCCGGCGUUUCAAUCCGUGAAAAAUAUUUCAUUAAAGACAGAUUACUCAGUUUAUGAGAGGCCAGAUAAGAAACUGAAAGGUCCUGACAACAUUUUUUGUGCGAUAUCCAUUUAGAAAAGCUUUUCUUAGCAUUAAAAAACCUAGAUCAAUUUUUUUUUAUUUCUGUCGUUUUCUAGGCUAUCAGCGACUACAGUACCGAUGAAAAUGAGAAGCAACAUUUGACCCUUCUUUCGACUGCCACUGAGGAUGGACUGGUAAGGGAAUGCUUUAAAAACAAUGAAAAUGAAUUUCCGAUAAACAGCAAACUGUCAAAAUUAAAAUUUCUUUACUUUAUCUACCUUUAUAAAUUUGAUAAAAAAAUUUGGUAGACAGAUCGCUAAAUAAAUAAUUCAAAAAAAUCUGAAACUUUUUUUAGGGAAUCUGUGGGUUUUAUUAAAUUUUUCAAAAAAAUAAUAACAAAAAUGACACUUUUCGGUGAAUUUUUCUGUAAUUAGUUUUCUAUGAAGCUAUCGAAGUUUUGAGCUUGCAAAAAUCGAUUAGAAAAACCAUUGAGAUUAAUAUUCCAGAAAGAAUAUGCCAAGUACAUUGUGAAAGAACGUCGAUCGAUUGUCGAUGUCCUGCGAGAUCAUCCGACCUGCAAACCUCCGAUCGAAUAUCUUCUCGAGCUGUUGCCGCGACUUCAAGUAGAACUCUCUCAAAAUCUCAUCCAAAUGAGUUUUGCAGGCCCGGUACUACAGUAUCGCUUCUUCGCCCCGCGUGAACGAGGAAAACAUCGCGAUCUGCGCGAUCGUCACCAAAUACAGCAUUGGAGAUCGGCAGAUCAAAGGAGUCUGCACGAAUUAUCUGCUCGCCAGGGUAAAUUAUUUGGAUGAUUUGGUUCGGAAAGUCUUGGCUGAGUCUUUCUGUAUUCACAGACUCAAAACAUUUGAUUUUGAAAAAGACUCAAAAAAAUUUUUUUUUGCUCUUAUACGGAAAUUUCAGUUGAAUAUCUCUACUAUAACAUCAUGAUGCUGGAAAAAGAAAAAGCUUGUAAAACUACAGUACUUAAAAGUUCAAAAUGUUCUCCAGCUUCUUCAAUAUCUUCAAAUAAAGUAGUUUGUUAAAAAAACUUUGAAAGUCGCCUAAUUUUUUUCCAAAAAAAAUUAUUGUAUACGGUUGCUCAAGAUCAAAUCCUUUCAAAAAAAAUUUAUGGCUGAAAUCGGAUAAGUUUUUUUAAAGUAGUCACUUAAAAAAAUCUACCUUUCAAGCAUAAAAUUGAGCGGUUUUUUCAAAAAAAAAAAAAAAUUCGAAAAGGCGUCAAAUAUCUGACACUUGAAGAAGACAAAAAUGGUGUGCGGAUCUAUAUUCUUACCUUCCAGAAAUUCGAAAAACGUUGUUCAUCCCUUUAGGGACUUCUUUGACGUUUGUCAUUUGAAUCCUAGUUCUAGGUCCACCUCAAACCUUUUUCAUUACUUCUGUUAAGGACGUCGAGGCGACGGCUCCAGUCUUUGUGAGAAAGUCGACCAUGCGUCUGCCCCAUCGCCUGACGACGGCCGUCAUCAUGAUCGGACCCGGAACGGGUUUCGCGCCGUUCCGUGGCUUCCUGCAGGACCGUCAAUACCACAAGAAAGGCGGUAGGACCUCCUCGGCUUCUCCAGCAUUACUCAUUCUCCAGGCAAGGACGUCGGCGAGAUGCACCUGUACUACGGCUGCCGGCAUCCGGAGCACGACUACAUCUACGAGGAGGAGAUCAAGGAGUACCAGGCGGAGGGCGUCCUGACCCACUUGGAGUGCGCCUUUUCCCGGGUGCAGACCGACAAGGUCUACGUCCAGAACAAGCUCUGGGACACGAGGGAACGCGUCUGGGCCGCCAUUCAGGACGGGGCUCACGUCUACGUCUGCGGGUUGGUUUUCGGAGAUUCUCGAUAUUAGAUAUUAGAUUAACUUUGAACUUUUGAUGGAACUUUUCUGAAGAACUCAUACCAGAAAAUAAAGAAAAUUUCUCGCAAUCUCUGGUUUUCGAGUUAGAAGCUUCAAACCUCUCGAAUAACGCCUUUUUUCAUUAUGUUGUGUAAUUGUUAAUGGUCUAAGGAAUACAUUUUGGUAUGGCUAUGAAGAAAAUAAAUUGGGUGAAACAGUUAUAGCUUAUAUGAUGUACAUAUUUUCUUACAAUCCAUUUUUCGCUAGAUGACUUAUGAACGCUAUAAUAGAGUCACAAAUGCGACUUUCUGUUGGUUUCGUUUGGUGAAAAAUUGGAAAACGGAAAAAUUCUUGCUUCGGUAAACAAAUUUAGCAAAAAUUUGACUUUCUUGUUUUGAAGCUGCUUUCUUGUAAAAAAUUUUUGAACAAAUGUACGAAGAAAACCGGUCAACCAAAAUCCUAAUUUUUUUCAUUCAACAUCGAGAAAAUGAAACUUCAGUGACAUGGCAUUGAGUGGUUUUUUUUUCGAUAUCAAGCGAUCCAAAAAAUUUCUUUCAGUGAUGCUCGAAACAUGGCGCGCGACGUGAUGAACACUCUGCAGCGGAUCUUCCGCGAAGUCGGCGGCAAGUCUGAACCUGAUGCUCAGACUUUCUUCAAGGAGAUGGAGAAGUCGAAGCGCUACCAGGCCGAUGUCUGGUCAUAA